AUGUCGUCCUCUCAUAAGAGGAAGAAUAGUCAUCUCUUCUUACAGCGGAAGAAUUCGAGUUCUUUCAAUAUGGAGGAUAUUGAAUUGGAUCAAUUCCCCAAUGAUAUGAAUCACAUUGAUAAUGCAAGAAUUGUCGUUGAUCCCCCACCUUCACCGUCCACUCAAGAGAAUGGAAACGCUGCUAAUAUUUCCCUAAGAUCAAGGGGCAUUAUGGGAUCAUGGAAAAGGUAUCGUGUACGUUUAAUGCUGUUCCUUGGAAUUUUGAUAACUUUACUUCUAUUCCUGGUCCCAUUCUAUAUUGUUAAAUCAACUGCUGAUCUUCAAAAAAAUGCAGAGAAUAGAUUUAGAACAAGAUCAUUUGACAUUGAUAAUGUGUUAAAUGGUGAUUUUUCAUAUUUUGAGAAAUCAUUUCAUUUCAUUCAACCGCCUCCAGAAACUGUAAAAUACCAUGAAGAAGAUCCUGGUCUAUAUUUAAGUUUACAAGAAGAUGAUAAUAAUGAUUAUACCAUCUUAGCAAAACAAUUGUACGAUAGUAAUUUUGCCGAACCAUUGGGUACAAAUAAAUUUGAAUAUGAAAGUAAGGAAUAUGUUGUUCAAAAGGUUAAAGUCAGUUAUAGGUUGGAUAGAACCAUUUUUGCAACUGAUUUGAAAGCAGAGUUUAGACAUUCAAGCCACGGUCUUUAUUGGAUUCAUGACGUUGAAACCGGUCAAAUCUUGCCGAUUUCACCACACCCAUCAUUAUUACUAACCCCAGUUUCAUAUGCCCAUUUUUCACCAAAUUUCAAUUUCGUAUAUUUUGUUCAUGAUAAUGAUUUGUACAUUCAAAGUCUCUACACCAAGAAUCCUGCCAGAAGACUUACACAUGGUGGAUCCUUUAACAUUUUACACGGGAAACCUGAUUGGAUUUAUGAAGAAGAAGUUUUAGCUGACGAAAAGGCGGUUUGGUGGUGCCCCGAUGAUUCCAAAUUAAUAUUUGCCAAAUUUGAUGAUUCCGAAGUUAAUACUUAUUCUUUCCCCAAAUAUAUCAACAAUGGUAAUAUGUUUCCGCAAUUGGAAGAAAUCAAAUACCCAAAACCUGGCUCUUUUAACCCGAAAGUCGAACUUUACAUGCUUGAUUUAAAUUCAGGCUUGAUAGCAUUGAUCAAUGCUAUGGAAUCAGCGGAAGGUAAUUGGGGGGAAGAUUAUAUAUUAUAUGAUGCUAGUUGGGUUGGUCCAAAUGCAUUUUUGUUCAAAAUAUCUGAUCGUUCAUCUCAAAAGCUAAUCGUUAGAAUUUAUGAUACAAAGAAUAAUACAAUUAAAACCAUGUACACUUUGGAUUUUAAAAAAUUUGACGGUUGGGUUGAAAAGGCAAGAAAUGUCGUUCCCGUACCGCCUAUGGAAGAGAAAGGUAGACCAGAAUAUGGUUAUCUGGAUAUUCUACCAGAUGAAAAUGGUUUUAAUCACAUUUUCUACUUUGCUAGAUUCUCUGAUACUAAAGGUCAACAAAUUACUAAGGGCAACUGGGAAGUUAGAAAUCAAGGUAUUGUUGGUUACGAAUAUGAAACACAUUCCGUCUUCUUUCUAUCCAAUAUGGUUGGAACGAUGGCCCAACACUUGUAUACUGUAACUAUUAACAGUGGUAGCCCUGGUGAAAUCAAGACUUUACAAAAUCCUGAUAAAAAGGAAGAUUUUUACGAGUUCGAAUUGAGUCCAAGUUGUAGAUAUGCUCUGGCUAGAAAACUGGGAUCUAGUGUACCAGUUACCAUAGCUGGUGAUCUCUUUGACGUUUUAGAUGCAGAUACCGCUAAGGAUAAUAAUGUCAUACGCUUAACUGAUGACAACGAUCUGCAAAAAUCAUUGAAACGUUACGAUUUACCUGUUACGAGUUACAAAUCUAUGGUAUUAGAUGAUGGAACUGAAGUUAAUUACGUGGAGAUUAAACCGCCUUUUCUAGAUUCUAAGAAGAAAUAUCCAGUCUUAGUGGAAAGCUAUGCCGGACCUGGGUCUCAAUCUUAUUUCACUAAAUUCAACGUUUUCUUUCAACAAGCAGUUUCCUCUGGGUUACACGCAAUUGUUCUUUUAGUAGAACCUAGGGGUACUGGUGGUAAAGGUUGGAAAUUUAAAUCAUGGGCAAAGAACAAAAUUGGAUAUUGGGAACCCAGAGACAUCACUGAAGUUACAAGGCAAUUCAUCACACUUAAUCAUCAAUUCGUAGAUAAGGAAAGAGUCGCAAUUUGGGGGUGGUCAUACGGUGGUUUCGCCGCAUUAAAAACCAUAGAAUACGAUGCUGGUCAAACGUUCAACUAUGCAAUGGCUGUGGCUCCCGUUACCAAUUGGACCUAUUACGAUUCCAUUUAUACAGAAAGAUACAUGGGACUCCCCAAGGAAAAUAUUCAAGGAUACAGCGACAGAGCAAGCAUUAGAGAUUUCAAAUCAUUUGAAAAAAUUGAAAAACUUCUCGUGAUUCAUGGGACCGCCGACGAUAAUGUUCAUAUACAGAACUCUUAUGAGUUUGUUGAUCAUUUGAACAGUUUAGGAAUCAAAAAUUACGAUAUGCAUAUAUUCCCAGAUUCUGAUCAUACUAUUCAUUUCCACAACGCACAAAAAGUGGUAUUCACCAAAUUGUAUCAAUGGCUUAAGGAUGCAUUUGCUGGACAUUUCAAACCUCGAUAA